CACUCCUCAACCAGACAACUAAGAACUAUUUCCCUACCUUCCUCUUGCCGGCCUUCAUGCUCUCUAGAACUAAUGCCUACAAUUUAACAACUAAAGGGCCAUGGUUUAUGGGUUUUGUUUAGGGAAUAGGGAUUGCACUCUUUUGGCCAUUCAGGGUCUGAUUAUGGUACAACAGAGAUGGUUUACUUGAUUAAUUUGAUGCACCAAAAGAAUAGCUAUUUGAGUGUAUUAAAUCUGUGUGUAACAAAAUGGUAGGACGCCGAACUUGAUUUAUGGCCAACUAACUUAUUUCUAGUUAGAAACCGCAAUGAAGACUAGUCAUUGAUAGCUAUGCAAUAAAGCAGUUUGGUGUCUGAUAAUCUGACUUUCUGGUUUGCAUUGCAUGGUAUGCAAAUCGGUACAUGCACCGGUACUGCUCUGUUGAGGUGCAGCUAUUUUCAAAAGAAUCCUAUUAUUAUAGAUUUAGCUUUCAGCCUUGUGCUGAAAAGUGAUACAAACCAUCCCCUAACAUGUCGGCUUGAAAAUAAUAGAAAUUUGGAGUUAGAUCUGGAGGUGUAAUCACCCAAUUCUUGCAACAAAGGAAUUAUGGGGGCAAUAUAGGAAGCAUGGACAUUUCAAGUAGAGGACCAUUGUGGAGUGUGAAGUCCCAAUCAUUCUGGCCCCAACUGAAGCAAAUGGUUUGGGAUAUUUCCCUCUCCUUGCACCCAACCAACGAUGGUCCAUAGUUUGGUAACCAUCCCAAAAGAAUAUAUUAGGUAGGCAAAUAUUAUGUAAGCGCAUCUGGAUUUCAUCAUGGACUUGUAAGUUGCUCCUAACAUGGAACAAUUAAUGGUCCACCUCAGCAAGUCAUAGUUUCAUCUGCAUCCUCAGAAUGCUAUGCCCACAGCCUUCAUUACCGCGGAGUGAAUCCUAAUCUGUAGAAAAUUCAGCAUAUUCAUAUUAAUCUACGUUCUCCAUGAGCAAAUGGCAAAGCACAUGUUGCCGAAGUCGAAUAAGUCCUGAUCAUAAUUGAUGGUGUCCUUAUUAAGCAUCACUGAUAACGUUAUCUUUUGCCAUGCGGAUUAGCGUAUACUCUAUUGCCAUGUGGAUUAGCAUAUAUAACUACGAUAUCCAGGAGAUCUGGCUUGCUACAGAAAGUAAUAGGAAGCAGUUGCAGGACUAGCAAGUUUGGUGAUUUUUUUCUUAAUUUAUUAGGGUUGACCAAGCAGCUCAACUAACCAAUACUAGAGUACAAAACAGAAAUGUUGUAUAUGAAACUAGUUUCAUCGGACUAUCGGCAAAUGGCAAAAGCUAUGAUUGUGCAAGCAGACCAUCCUAGUAGGCAAAAACAAAGAAAAAAGACGGUGGGUGGGCAAAAGAAAAUCCGUUUGAGCAGCGUCGGAUACCUGUUCCGCCUCAUCCUGUUUUAUUAUUGAAGAAUAAACAAGGAAAAGGGGCUGUAUGAUGAAGGGGGGCAUCCUUUUGUUAAUACCUCAUCUAGUUUGUACUAUGGACAUUGGCUUGUAUGGGUGCACCAGAGCAUUAUUUCCUUGUUAAAUAAAUGGAGAAAUGGUAAGAUGAUUGGGGCUCGUCUACAACUAAUACUCUGUUCUAGUAUACAAUACAGAUCAUCUUCAUGUCGACAUGAUUGAGUUGGAGUAUCAAAACAGCCCCCCCAUAGUCCAUAGACGACAUCAUGUAGGACACACGAAUUGCACUGCAUCACUCACAGGAGGUCCUAGAAAAUGGCUCGGGGAGUAGUGUCCAACGCGGCACAUAUUCUUUAUCUAAAUAAAAUUCUUGGCAGACAAAUUAUCAUUGAGUUUGUGUCUUACAAAAAGAAUGGGAUUCUAUAUCCGAUCUCGGCAAUCGUUGAUGCGGAUAAUUUACUUGUAGACUGAACGGGUUCGGCACCCUGGCCCUGGAUUGAAUGGGUUAUUUGCUUGUGUUGCACGAGGAGUUUUUAGGCAGGGAGGGCAGCAUCAAGGGAAAGAGACUGGGACGGGAAAUUGGGUGAACCUAAUAAUCCCCCGCAAACAACUUAGGAAGAAGGAGGCAUCACGGGUGGAUGCGGUUAGUUAGCUGUUAAAACCGAACGAACGAACGCGCCAAGAGGGUAGGCAGGGGGAGGGGGAGCUUACCUCACUUUACACCUGCCUGUGAGGCUUGUGAAUCGGGCAAGUAGGCAGGCAAAUUGAGCCUGUUGUCCUGUGCCCUGUGGCUGGCUGUGUCAUUGUUGCCUUUCUAUCUUCCUCUUUUUGUGCGUGUAAUAAACUGGUAAACAAACCGGUGGGGUGAUGAGUUGAGGUGAGGUCAUGGCCUGGGGGAGAGUCCGGGAGGGGGAGGGGGAGGCCUACCAGUAGCAGUACCAGCCUAACCUUUUUCCCACCAACUCAGCCUCUAGAAGACCUUCUUCCCCGAUCCAGUCAAGUGCAGUGCCGCCUAUAAAGAUCCAGCCUCCGACUCACCCACCCCUCCCCGUAGAGCACUAGCCCCCAACAACAACAACAGCACCAACUUCCACUCCUGCAAACCCAACCCAACCCAACCCACCACCGAGCACAAGAAAAAGGAGAGCCAUCGGCGGCGGCAGACCAUCGUCUAAAGAGAUAGCGAGAUGGGGAGGUCGCCGUGCUGCGAGAAGGCGCACACCAACAAGGGCGCCUGGACCAAGGAGGAGGACGACCGGCUCACCGCCUACAUCAAGGCGCACGGCGAGGGCUGCUGGCGCUCCCUGCCCAAGGCCGCGGGGCUGCUCCGCUGCGGCAAGAGCUGCCGCCUCCGCUGGAUCAACUACCUCCGCCCCGACCUCAAGCGCGGCAACUUCAGCGACGAGGAGGACGAGCUCAUCAUCAAGCUCCACAGCCUCCUGGGCAACAAAUGGUCUCUGAUAGCAGGGAGACUGCCGGGGAGGACGGACAACGAGAUCAAGAACUACUGGAACACGCACAUCAGGAGGAAGCUGACGAGCCGGGGGAUCGACCCGGUGACCCACCGGGCGAUCAACAGCGACCACGCCGCGUCGAACAUCACCAUAUCCUUCGAGGCGGCGCAGAGGGACGACAAGGGCGCCGUCUUCCGGCGAGACGCCGAGCCCACCAAGGCAGCGGCAGCGGCGAUCACCCACGUCGACCACCAUCACCGUAGCAACCCCCACCACCAGAUGGACUGGGGCCAGGGGAAGCCGCUCAAGUGCCCGGACCUGAACCUGGACCUGUGCAUCAGCCCCCCGUCCCACGAGGACCCCAUGGUGGACACCAAGCCCGUCGUGAAGAGGGAGGCCGGCGUCGGCGUCGGCGUCGUGGGCCUCUGCUUCAGCUGCAGCAUGGGGCUCCCCAGGAGCACGGAGUGCAAGUGCAGCAGCUUCAUGGGGCUCCGGACCGCCAUGCUCGACUUCAGAAGCAUCGAGAUGAAAUGAGCAGAGCAGAGCACCCCCUCCCUCCUUUCUCCUGUGACUCUUGGAUAUUGGUUUAGCCUGUAGGUGAAAAAUUACAGCGAGUGAAAGAGAGACAAGAAGAAGGGUGAGGAUGAUCUUGUGUUUCGCCAAGGUCAUCUUCCUCUUCUCCUCCCCCCGCUGCUCUCUUGUUGCUCCAUUUUGUUUGUCCCGUUGUAAAAAAAAAAGGUACCGUUUGACUAAUCAUGAGCAAUAAUACUCUGGUGCUGGCUGGAUCACUGUAUAAA